AUGGUCCGGUCCGACUCCCGCCUCCCCGCCGUCCGGGCCUCCCACAGCCGGGCCGAGGCCGCCUCAGGGAGAGGGCUGGGUGAGGAACGCGCGGCCUUCAUCCUCCUCAUCCUCCUCUCCGGUCCUCGCAGUGCCGGCCGCCCCCGCCUGCCCGUCCCCGCCGGCCUGCCGGGCGAUCCGGAGCCGGGGGAGGCCGUUAGCGACGACAGCUCCCGGCACGGCGGCCGCGUCCGCGGCUUCCCCCACGAGCGGGGCAGCUGGGCCACCCACGUCUACCUGCCCUACAGAGUCCAGGAGGAAUUCCUGGAGCUGCUGGAGCUGUUGGUCUCCCGCGCUCGCACCUACGUCUCCUCGCUGGCUGCCAUGGAGGAGUUCCACCUCAGCCUCUCGCAGUGCGUGGUGCUGCGCUACCACUGGAUAGAGCCCUUCGUCCGCUCCCUCAAGGAGCGCCUGGCCUCCUUCCACAGGUUCUUCUGCGUGGCUGACCAAGUGAAGGUUUACACCAACCAGAACAAAACCAGGACCUUUAUUGGCUUGGAGGUCUCUGCUGGGCAUUUCCAGCUGCUGGAGCUGGUCUCAGAGGUGGACAGAGUUCUGGAGGAAUUUGACCUUCCCACGUUCUACAAGGACCCAUCGUUCCAUAUCAGCUUGGCCUGGUGUGUCGGGGACCUGUCCGGCAGACUGGAAGGGCAGUGUCUGCGGGAGCUCCAGGACAUCGUGGACGGGUUUGAGGACUCGGCACUCCUGCUGCGUGUCCAAUGGGAGGAAAUCCGCUGCAAGUCGGGGAACAAGUACUUCUCCUUCCCCUUGAGGUAGGGGCUGGCGGGGCUGUGCAUUUCCGAGCCUUGAAGAGCCUGAUGUUCAACCAAGGACCGUUCUCCAGCACAGCUCUGAGUAGCAUGGGCUGUCACGCACCUCCCACGCUCUUCUUGCCUGCUCAGCAUCUCUGGGGUGUUUGUAGCCUCAAGUAGGGCUACAUCCAAGUUUGAGUUGCUGGCUGAAGAAAUGCGUGUUUGUAGCAGAUUUCAUCCUUGCUGCUGUAUGUGCUGCAGUCAGCACCAGCGGUUCCAGCCAUCCCACGGUGGCUAAUUUUGCUGAUUUUUAUUUUUU